AUGUUCUCCUCGAGAAUUCGCUCUCUGGAAGGCCUUCUGAACGCCUACGCCGGCGUUAUCUGCGUAUUCAUCCUUGAGAAGUGUGAACGCUCGCCUGUCAUGUGUUUUACCACAUGUGUUUACGAACAAAAAGCGCGCAACCCCGAUGCCGUCACGUCCAUGGCGGACACGCCUGGCUCCAUCGCGCUCGAAAUGAUCCACGCCCACGACGUCUCCACUUCAGCAUGGGGGACUGAGCUCUCAGCUGAUGCAUGUCCAUCUGAGAUUCAGAGCGCUCGCGAUGCUGUGCCAUCCUCUGCGAGUCACUAUCCGUUCCACUUGGCCAGACACGCAGAAGGCUCCGCUGACAUCGGAACGGCUUCCUUGUUCGCAUAUGAUGUAACUGUCCAUCUCCGAGGAAUCGACAAGCGGAGACAUCUCGCCUCAAUGGUUGACUUCGCUUCAAGAAGCGAAGAGGAUACAGACAAAGACGAGCUAGGCGAAGGGAGGAAUGAUGCAACAAAAAUGGCAGCAGCCUUCUUCCCUGCGCUCGAUGACCGUGCCGCUCACGAGCUGAACAAUUAUAAGGUCCAGCCGACCUUGGGUACGCUCGCCGCGCAGGAGGGUAUAUUUAGAAACGUCCGAUUGACGGCUCACUUUCACCUCCUCGCGCGUUCACCUGGGCAGAAGCCUAGAACAGAGUGGACAACACGCGAAGCAGAAGAACGAGCGGCGAGAGUUCCAUCUGUUGCAACAACGGUGCGAACGGCGCGGGGUGCGUUUGUCCACGGGCGUAGCGAUGCCCGUAAGGGAAAAUCGCGUGUGGUACAUACAUCGCGCGCGGUCGUUAUAUACUACGAUAGGGGCCUCCGGCCCCCGGCUACUCGCGCGCCCGAGCUUGCGAGCUCGUUUCUGAACGCGUGCUUAAACAUCAUCGGCAACACAUCUGCGGGCAAUAACAAGUCGAUGUUUGAGGACACCAUGGUAUUGUCCCCCUUGUCGAGCAUGCUGGCGUCCACGGCGAUAUUCACACCGGCGAAGCGGCCUGCGGCCUCGCGGGUGCGAACGAGGAAAUGGGAGAUCAUGACGCACAACAAUUGGGAGAUCAUGGCGCACAACAAAUGGGAGAUCAUGGCGCACGACUUUUCAAGCGCGACAAUUCACGUCCAGCGUGCCACUAAACAUGAGCAAGAUGGGAUAAUCGAGGGGUGGCAGGAUACACAGAGCAGAGCGUUCUGGGAGAUUCUAAGGACAAGGACAUGGCUCGUGUUGGCUGUUGACUUUGCUACUUCGCAUCCCGUACCACACGUCCCAUCUCGCUCGGGUAUCCUCUCGGGCGAGCGCCAGUGGGCCAACGCACGUGAGAACCGGCGACCGUCGCCGAUUAGUCAGGCUCUGUUUGUGUUCCAAAAUGCGGUAGAUGAAAUGACCGGAUUGUGUAAUCGGGUGACAUUAUCUAUUUUCGCGUUGACUUUGGGACAAUCCUGUCUUGAGUUAGAAUAUAACGGAGAGCACUCUAUGACGGGUGGAGAUGAUGAAUGGCGCGGGGAGGUCACUAGUACAGACAUUCCGUCUACCGCAAGCGCGGAAGUUAGGCUUCUACUGUCGAAGGCCAUCAUCCGCGCGCCGCUGCCCAUGCCUAGCACGCGGCCGGGCGCACACAUUGGUGCGGAUAAGGCCCCGAGCAUGGUGCUGCUCGAGAUGUUCUGGCUUGUCGCGGAGGUGUUUGGGGAGGUGCAGAUAGUCUCGGUCGUGAUGAUGAAUGUCGUCGACAAGACCACCACCACCGCUAUCCUCGGCCUGAACACGUCCAGGGCGCCAAGGCAGUCCGGCGAGCGCAACAUGAGCGUGCCCACCACUGGGAACCGACGCGCCGCUGUCGAGCGUAUUCGACCAGACGGACAGCAUCACUAUGCUCAAGAAGACGACUCACUUGUUCAAGGUACGUCUCCGCAGGUGUUCGUAUUGCUCGCAGAUGUGUCCCAGUUAGAAGACCCAGGCGAUGCGGCCGUCCGCUAA